AUGGCGCCUCGCGAUGACAAACCAGAGAUCAAGUUUUACGAUGCUCCUGGGAUGCCGGAACCAGGCUUUUAUUCCCACGCAGUCAGCUUGAAUCAAGCCGGUCGCCUGGUUUUCACAUCGGGAAUCAUUGCCCAGCGAGCAGAUGGUAGCUUUCCCGAUUCUUUGGAAGAACAAAUCAAAGGCGUCUAUAACAAUCUUAAGGAAGUCUUGAAGAUAUCUGGUGCUACUCCAAGAGAUGUCAUCAAGAUCACCUGGUAUCCGGUCAACUGGUCUUUGGACCAGGGUGAGGGAUUGAUCAAGUCAUUCCUCGACUUCAUCACCGACGAAUAUGGGACAACUUAUCGACCUAUCACAACUCUAGUCCCGGUCACCAAACUCGCCAUGCCUGAUGCCAAGAUUGAAAUCGAGGCUGUAGCAGCCAUUGGCGGACACGCAUCGCCAUAUGCGGGACCCUCGGCGAAGGCGUUCGAGAGACCAGUGCCCCCCUUCAAGGUGGAUGUGGUGGUGGUGGGUGGUGGUUUCAGCGGCGUCCAAGCAGCUUGGGAUGUCCAAAAGGCUGGUCUCAGCUGUGUUCUGCUUGAAGCAAAGCACCGCAUUGGGGGCCGCAGUCGCUCACAGAAACUUCAAAGUGGGCCGGGCAUCAUCGAACUUGGAGCCACCUGGAUCAACAAGACUACACAGCCUAAGGUCUAUGCCACUGCCAAACGCCUAGGUCUAGACAUUGUCGAGCAAUAUACGACAGGAGACGAAAUAUGGCAACUCCAGGACGGAACAGUGAUCCGCACGAAUCCAGGCUCGCCCGAGGUUGAUUUGGCCAAGAAGUUCAAUGCAGAACUCUAUGAAGCAAUUGAAUCGGAUCUAGAGAGAGUAGAUAUCAACAAAAUCGAAACUUUUCCCGGCAACCUCGACAUGUCUAUGGAGACGUGGGCGCAGACCAAAGGACUCACCGACCCGGUGGUAAGUAAACCUGCUUUAAAGUUCUUCACGAGCGCGGUUGUCGGCCGCGACCCGGAGGAAAUUGGCAUGCACUACUUCCUUGAUUACAUCAAAUCUGGUGGUGGGUUCAUCUCCAUUGCCACUGAAGGUGAAGCAGGAGCGCAAUCUCUCAAAAUCAAACAAGGCACAUCAGCUGUCGCCACUGGUCUCGUCGACGAAAUGACACCGGGUUCUGUCUUCAUCAAUAGCCCUGUCGAUAGCAUCCACCAGAAUGCCGAUGGAGCCCUCGUGCAGACAACUACGGGCAACCAGAUCUUCUGCCGCAAAGUUAUCAUUGCCAUUCCAACCAACACAUACGAGAAAAUCAACUUUUCACCACCACUGCCACACGACAAGCGUGCUCUCGUCUCACGUACCAAGCCAGGCGUCUACGCCAAGAUGAUCCUCACGUAUUCUCGGGCAUGGUGGAAAGACAUUGGCUUAGUAGGCAAGUUCUCAAGCUUCAAGGGACCAAUAUGCUUCUCUUGGGAUAUCUCCGAUGACUCCAGAGGCCAAUAUUCGCUGGCCAUGUUCAUUGCCGGCGAGAUUGCAGCGCGCUGGGCGAAGUUAAAUGAGCUCCAGCGCGUCGAGGCCGUACUCGACCAUCUCGUCGAGCUGGUCGGACCAGCCCACGCACAGCUUGCACAGGACGUCCUCGAAGUCAACUAUGUCAACUGGUCCGCGGAGGAGUAUCUUGGCGGCGCUCCAACGUCGACAAUGGGUCCUGGACUAUUGUCUCGCUACGGAACUGCACUACGUCAGCCAUUCGAGCACGUCCACUUUGCGGGCGGUGAGACGGCGUUCGAGUGGAAAGGGUAUCUUGAAGGGGCGCUCCGUGCCGGAUCUCGCGCUGCAGAUGAGGUUAUCGCUUGGGCAAAAAAAGAGGGUGCCAUCCAAAACGUGCCUGCAAACUUGUGA